CAGCAUUAAAACAGUCUAAAAUCAAAGAAUAAAAAAAAAAGAUGAUAUCAAUAGUUGAAGAAAGAAAGGGUAAGUCACUUCAUAAUUUUUAGAAGAAUAAUAAAAUUAAGAGUUUGAAUUUGAGGAAUAUCCAUUUAGAAUUUGGGAAUAAGGUAUUAUUGAAAUAAUUAUUUAGUUGCUGAUCAAUAUAGAUAAGAGAUAGUAGUAAUUAUUAUCUAUAAUUAACAAUUAGACUCUUUAACAUUAGAUAUGGUAAUCCAAUAUUGAUAAGUUUUAUCAAAAGGGAAUACCGAAGAAAUUGUAAUAAAAAUUAAAGAAGAUGAAGAUGGGAAAAUCUAAUAGAUAGUGCAGUAUUUGCUGCAAUAAUUUUUAAAAAGGUAACCACUAUUAUAUAAUAGAUGAAACAAUUAUCCAACUACCUUGUAAACAUAUAUAUCAUUAGUCUUGCUUAUUUUCUUGGCUUGAUCAUAGUACGAAAUGUCCUAACUGUCGAAGUGAUGUAUUAGAAGCUUUAAAGGAUUAAGAGAAAUGAUUUGCAUUUCUAUGGACAAGAUUAUAUUAAAAAAUAUUUUGUCAAAAAAUACAAAUGAUAAUUUGGAUAAACAUUCAAAAUAAUCCUACAUCUUAGAACUUUUAUUAAAAAC